GUGUGUCUAAAAAGAGAGUGUAGUAGCUUCUGUGUAUAUCUCUCACAUAUUCAGCAGAUUCCCCCAUCCGCUCCUAAAGCAAAAGCAAAGCCAAACACUCUCUCUUUCUCUCUCUUAUCUCUUUUGAUUAUUUUCAUUCCCAACAACCAACAAAUAUCAACGCCAUUUCUUGGUUUGCUUCAACAAGAAGAUGAACUCCGAUGCAGUAAUCGGUGUAGGUUUUCGGUGAUUCUCUUCCAUCACCGACAAGUGUUUCAAGCAUUUAGAUCUGAGGAUUUCUCUGAUAACAGUUUCCUAAAGUUCUACCCAUUACCAGGUGUCUCUGCUUUGUUUGAUUCAAAAUGAUGCCGAGGGGACCUCAUCCACAGGAGGAAUUUUUGUUGAAGGAGACCAGUCCCCAUCUUGGAGGGGGAAGGCACACUGGAGACAAGCACACAAGCACAUAUGACCUCGUUGAGCAGAUGCAGUAUCUCUAUGUCCGUGUUGUCAAGGCCAGGGACUUGCCUGCAAAAGAUGUCACUGGUAGUUGUGACCCUUACGUUGAAGUUAAGCUUGGAAACUACAAGGGUACAACUCGGCAUUUUGAGAAGAAGACGAAUCCUGAGUGGAACCAGGUGUUCGCUUUCUCGAAAGAUCGGCUUCAGGCUUCGACGCUUGAAGUUACUGUGAAGGAUAAGGAUCUUGUCAAGGAUGAUUUCAUUGGUCGGGUUCAGUUUGAUCUGAAUGAGGUUCCGAAACGGGUUCCUCCCGAUAGUCCAUUGGCGCCACAGUGGUAUAGGUUGGAGGAUAGGAAGUCAGAAAAGGUUAGGGGAGAGCUGAUGUUGGCUGUUUGGAUGGGUACUCAAGCUGAUGAAGCGUUUCCUGAAGCAUGGAAUUCAGAUGCCUCUGGUGUUACCGGUGCUGAUGGUCUUGCCAAUAUUCGUUCAAAGGUAUACCUCUCUCCUAAGCUCUGGUAUUUGAGGGUCAAUGUAAUUGAAGCUCAGGACUUGCAACCGAGUGAUAAGGGUAGGUUCCCAGAUGUGUUUGUGAAGGCUAUCCUGGGAAAUCAGGCUUUAAGAACCAGAAUUUCUCCGAGCAGGAAUAUUAAUCCUCUGUGGAAUGAGGAUUUAAUGUUUGUAGCAGCAGAACCAUUUGAGGAGCCCUUGAUUUUAAGUGUAGAAGACAGAAUUGCACCUAACAAGGAAGAAAUUCUUGGGAGAUGUGCAAUUCCCUUGCAGUAUGUUGAUAGAAGGUUGGAUCACAAACCUGUGAACACCAGAUGGUAUAAUCUUGAGAGGCAUGUUAUUGUAGAAGGGGAUAAGAAGAAGGAAACCAAAUUUGCGAGCAGGAUUCAUAUGAGGAUCUGCUUGGAAGGUGGUUAUCACGUCCUGGAUGAAUCAACACACUAUAGCAGCGACCUUCGGCCAACAGCAAAACAGUUGUGGAAGACUGCCAUUGGAAUUCUGGAAGUGGGGAUUUUAAAUGCUCAGGGGCUUAUGCCUAUGAAGACAAAAGAUGGGAGGGGAACGACAGAUGCUUAUUGUGUGGCAAAAUAUGGUCAGAAAUGGAUUCGAACAAGGACGAUUAUAGAUAGCUUUACACCCAAGUGGAAUGAGCAAUAUACUUGGGAGGUGUUUGAUCCUUGUACUGUCAUUACAAUUGGGGUCUUCGAUAACUGUCAUUUGCAUGGAGGAGACAAGGCUACACAGUCAAGAGAUGCAAGAAUUGGGAAGGUAAGGAUUCGCCUUUCCACCCUUGAAACUGAUCGGGUUUACACACACUCGUAUCCACUUCUAGUUCUACACCCCAAUGGGGUGAAAAAGAUGGGUGAAAUUCAUUUGGCUGUAAGGUUCACUUGCUCCUCUUUGCUUAAUAUGAUGCACAUGUACUCACAUCCGCUUUUGCCAAAAAUGCACUAUAUUCAUCCAUUAACUGUUAGCCAGCUUGAUAGCUUGAGGCACCAGGCAACUAUAAUUGUAUCGAUGAGGUUGAGCCGGGCUGAGCCACCGCUGAGGAAAGAGGUGGUGGAGUAUAUGUUGGAUGUGGGCUCCCACAUGUGGAGUAUGAGAAGGAGCAAAGCAAACUUUUUCAGGAUUAUGGGAGUUUUGGGUGGGUUAAUUGCUGUAGGAAAAUGGUUUGAUCAGAUAUGCCACUGGAAAAACCCCAUCACAACUGUAUUGAUUCACAUAUUGUUUAUAAUACUGGUCAUGUACCCUGAGCUCAUCUUACCAACCAUAUUCCUCUACCUUUUCUUGAUUGGGGUCUGGUAUUAUAGAUGGAGGCCAAGGCAUCCUCCUCACAUGGACACUCGACUUUCUCAUGCAGAUUCUGCACAUCCUGACGAACUUGAUGAAGAAUUUGAUACAUUCCCAACUUCCCGGCCUUCCGACAUUAUAAGGAUGAGAUAUGAUCGGUUGAGAAGUAUUGCGGGGAGGAUUCAAACAGUGGUUGGUGACUUGGCUACUCAAGGGGAGAGGCUGCAAUCUUUGUUGAGCUGGCGAGACCCAAGGGCAACAGCUCUGUUUGUGAUUUUCUGUCUGGUUGCUGCUAUUGUUCUCUAUGUUACACCAUUCCAAGUUGUGGCCCUUCUCACAGGAUUUUAUGUGUUGAGACAUCCAAGGUUCCGUCAUAAGCUUCCCUCUGUACCAUUGAAUUUCUUCAGGAGGUUGCCAGCAAGAACAGACUGUAUGUUAUGAGCAAGUCAGUUUUAUCUGCAAUUGCUUUUGAAUGGGAAUGAUGCUCAGUUCCCACCACCCCCCCCCCCCCCCCCCCCUCUUUCAUGUUAAGUUAGCGGAAAAGAUGCAGAAACAAAUGGAGCUUUCAAUGUUUGGCGGCUGAUACUAGGCUGUGUGUGUAACCUUCCUAUGAAGGUAGUAGAUUUUGUGUUAUUUAAUAUUUAAUGCCAUUUGAUACUAUUUCUGUUUGAAGCUUGGCUUUAUGGUAAUCAUUGAUUGUUAAUCUGUAAUUUUGUAGGUUGUGAAUUA